GUACAGGCUUCAAAAAGAAACCCUAUUCGUAUUUUAUUUGAAAGACAUUCUAAAAUAAAGAAACCAAAACCUACUGCAAACACCGUCGUUUUCCGUGUUUAUAAUACUUCGUAACGUAUGAAAUAACAGUAGAAUGGGAGUGUGCACUGAAGUUACUUCUAAACUUUGAAAUUGAACAACUUGUUCUCUGAAAUUGAUUUUUUUUCCAUUGGAUUUAUGAAGUUGGAAUUUGUAGAUUAAUUCUUUCUGAAAUCAGUUUAUUUCCUUGCCAAAACACUUGUUCAAAUUUGUCUAUGGCGAGAUAAUAUGCCAUAGAAACGAUAUUCAUCAUUCUAACAGCCUUGAACUAUGAAAUUCGAUGUUUUUUUCUGGAAUUAUUCCAAUUAAGAAGAAGAAUUGAUCUACAAGUUCAUAAAAACAAUAGAAAUUCCAAUUCCACAAAACAUCGUAAGCCUCCAUUGUUAGAAGUCUUCGAUUCUGAAUAUUCAGCAAAAUUCUUUUGUAUUAUCUAAAGAAAAUGCCAUUAUAUAAAAAACGUGUUAAAAAAUCUAUCUUCUCGCAAGAUACUAAUAAUUCAACGCAAAUGGUUUCUUCAGAAUUCAAGCAACCAAGUAGUUCUCAAAAAGCUCUCGAAGAAAUUCUCGAUCCUCAAGGAAAAUUGAAUAAGAGUCCCAUUUACCCGGAAGUUUUUCCAAGAUGUGCGAGUGAGCCUAAUGAAUCUGCUUUUAUUGAUGAUAGUUUCGAAAAAACGGAAUUGAAAUUGGAAAACGAUGCAUCCGAUAGAAAAAAUUCUGAAACUCCUAUUGAAAAUUCGUUGCCUUAUGAAAUAUCUUAUACAUCAAAUGAUACUUCGGAAAAAGAAACAGUACUCCAGGAAAUUGCCGAUGUGGAUAAUAUGAACGGCUUAUCAACUGAAAAUAUAGAGAUAUUGGCACCAACUGAUAAGAUUAAACAAUCAAACCUAGUUGAAAAUGCAAUAACACCGGAGAAAAACAACAUGAUAGCCAUUUCGGAAGUAAAAUCUAUAGAAAAACCGAAAAAGAAAAAAUCAAUUAUGCAUCCAAUGAAAUCAUCCAAAAAUAAGAAAAAAAAAUCACUAGAUUCAGAAGUAAAAGACUUCAAGGAAAAUAUCCCGCCUCAAUCCAAUAAUUCAGAAUCACACCUAGACCUAAAUGCUUCUCUUAAUUCUUCCAUAAGCUCCCAAGUAAGCUUAAAUGAUCCACCUGUAAAGGAAGCAUUUAAAAAUUUCCUUAUUAAGAAGAAAGUUGUAAAAGAUCAAAAAAACAUAAUUUCUUCCCAAACCUCAGAUAUCUCCUUGAAUGACCCUGUUAUUCGCGAUACUUAUUCUCAAUUCAUGACCAAGAAAGAAAAAUUUGCCAGGGUGAAUACCCCCAAAGGAUUAACUCACUAUGACAAAAUGAAAUGGCUGCAAGGGCAAAGAAAUGUUGGUGUUUAUGUCCACUGUGACAGUUGUGAUAAAAUAAGAUUCCUUGAGGAAAUAAACGAUCCUACUGUUUUGCCAGAUAAAUGGUACUGCAAGGAUAACUCAGAUAUAGAUUAUAAUAGAUGUGAUGUCCCUGAGGAAAAAUUUCCUCUGUAUGUACAAGAAGAUUGGAUAGACAACCUGUACAAUGCAGGUAGCAUUGUAUGGGGACGAGUUGAAGGUUUUCCUUGGUGGCCUGCAAUGGUAGAAGAUGAUCCCGAUACAGAAUCUUAUUACUGGUUAAAAGAUGAAAUUAACAACACUCCAUCAUAUUAUCAUGUUACAUUCUUCGAUCAAAAAGAAGUGACAAGAGCUUGGCUUAAGCCAAACGAUAUUAAAUCAUACUUCAGAGAGAAGAACAAUUCCAGCUUGCUCCCAAGUAAAUACUGUAUAUUCAAAAAAAGAAUAGAUUAUGCUAUCAAACAAGCGAAUGAAGCUAUCGAGAUGAACCUUCAAGAAAGAUUUGAGAAAUUCAGCUUCUUGGUUCGAUACAAGAAACCAAUACAAAAACCAAAAGAUUUCAUCCAAGAAUUGAAGGAAAACGUUAAGAAGUUUAACAAAGAUGAUUUCAUAAAGGGAAAGAAGAGUGGCGAUAAAAAUAAGGAAAACAAGAAAAGAAAUGUUAAUAAAAAAAAGAAGUUAGAAACUGAUGAUUUUUUACUUGACGAUUUUGAGAUUCCUCCAAGUCCUACCUUAGAGAACAUUUCCCUAGAGCUUUUCGAGAAUGUUUGACUUUUUUCCUUGUUAAAUAAUUUAAAUGAUUAUUUAGUUUUUGUUAAAAUAAGUAUCAUUAAAAGUUUAUUAUGUUCUUU